AUGAAAGCGACACAUCCAAGCUGUGAGGACCGGUCUGAGCUGGACUCAGUUGAAGUUGUAGCACCUGAAGAAAACCAAACACACCACAGAUGUACUGAGAACUCAGGUUACAUAUCUUCAGUCCAGAAUGGAUCGAAUAUCGUUGCUUUUCUUAAGAAAAAUAUCUUUGUUGUUCUCACAAUGACUGCUGUCGCAUUAGGAAUUUGCCUGGGCUUUGCUCUGCGACACAUUAAGAUGUCAGCGCAAAGUGUAGAAUAUUUAUCUUUUCCUGGAGAGCUGCUGAUGAGAGUUCUGCAGAUGUUGGUGCUUCCCCUCAUUGUUUCCAGUCUGAUUACAGGCAUGUCAACUGUAGACAGAAAGGUUUAUGGGAAAAUGGGGCUGAGGGCCUUCUGCUAUUACAUGGUCACUACUGUUAUUGCUGCAUUCACUGGCAUCGCCCUCGCUGUUCUCAUCCAGCCAGGGAAAUUAUUCAGGGACGCCUUAGAGUCCUCUGGUGGUAAAACAGAGACUGUGCAAAGUGUGGAUGCUUUUCUGGAUCUGAUGAGAAACAUGUUCCCCUCAAAUCUGGUGGAAGCUUGUUUUAGAAAGUAUAAAACAGUUUAUUUGAGGAAUGAUCCUACAAGAGAGCACCUUGGUGUCAUCAAUACAACUGAGAUCAUACCAGUGCCAGGCACCUCAGAUGGCUUCAAUUCUUUGGGCUUGCUGGUCUUCUCUGUUGCCUUUGGCCUCAUCCUCAGCAGUAUGGAGACUAAGGGGAAACCUCUGAGGGAUUACUUUACCUGCCUGAAUGAAGCCAUCAUGCGUCUGGUCAACAUAGUCAUCUGGUAUUCCCCAGUGGGAAUCCUCUUCCUGCUGGCAGGACAGGUGGUGAAGAUGACAGACAUAGGACAGCUAGGCCUGCAAGUUGCCAUGUAUGUUGUUACUGUGAUCACUGGCCUGAUAAUCCACAGCUUCUUCACCUUGCCCCUCAUUUAUUUAAUCGUGACACGUAAGAAUCCCUUGAAGUUUAUGGCUGGGCUCCUCCAGGCUCUCAGCACUGCCUUUGGGACGUCAUCCAGUUCUGCAACUCUGCCUGUUACCAUCCAUUGCAUGGAGAGGAAUCAGCAGAUAGACAAACAAGUGACGCGCUUCAUGCUUCCUUUAGGCGCCACAAUGAACAUGGAUGGUGCAGCCCUUUAUGAAGCAGUGGCUGCUUUAUUCAUAGCCCAGGUUAAUAACAUGGAAUUUAACCUGGGACAAAUCAUUGUUCUCAGUUUGAUUGUCACAGCUGCAAGCACUGGUGCAGCAGGCAUCCCACAGGCUGGCAUGGUAUCCAUGGUGAUUGUGUUGGCAUCAGCAGGUCUGCCCACUGAGGACAUAUCAUUGCUCAUGACUGCUGACUGGAUUCUGGAUCGUCUGAGAACCGCCACCAACGUGCUCGGUGACUGUAUCGGUGUUGGUGUGGUGCAGCAUCUGUCCAGACACGAACUCAGCUCCAGUCCUGCAGGAAACAGCUUGAUGGAAGAAAGCUCAAAGUUUUCAGAUGCAUUUUCAAGGGCUAAGAUUCAUCUGAUGUGUGGUUGUUAAAUGGUCACAAAAUACCUUUUUGAAUGGAAACAUGUUUUAGCUUUUUCUGUCUUUAGAAAUAAAAAAAAGAAGAAAAGAUGUUAGUAGAUCACAGAUUAGGUAGAGAGCAGAUGUUUUUCUCUCUCUGUUGUCUGCACCUGCUCCUGCUGGGGGUGUCAUGAGUUGCAACAUGUUUUAAAGAAUUCUCAGUUCAUGAUGUGCAGGAGCAAUAAACAGCUGAUUCCCUG